AUGCUCUUGAAUUCCUCACUUCCAGCCCUCAGCUUCAAACCCGAGAUCGCCUCAACAGAGCCAACCCUCCCAUCCAUCACCACACCCACCCUUCCGCCUUUCUCGAUCCUCUCCUCCCCAUCCCGGGACUUCCUGGGCCUGUGGAAUAUCUCACGCGUCUUCCGAGACCCGUUCUCUACCUCCGCGCACGCUGUCACCAUCGAGCUCCUGGGAGUUGGCCGCCCGACUUCCACCUACCUGGUUGUGGAAUCCCGAUCUUCCAGGGUGCAACCAGUCAAGCGAGCAGUUUUACAGUGGCGAUCUCAGGGUUUUGACAGCCGGUACGUUGUUCAUCCUGUCUUCUGGUUACAAGGCCAGCUGAAGCGGCCGCCCACUCGGGCUCCGCAUCUCCAUCCCCUCGGUGUUUUUACAAGCGCGGAUCUGACAAAUGCCGCCUUUUUUGGUCACUACAGACUCGAAUAUUGUUAUGGCAGAGCAGAGCAGCCGCGAUGUGGUAGAUCAGACCCUGUCGGGCGGCGAGCCUUCGCCUUCCGACGUUCCUGCGAGCACUAA